CGUUUGAGGUUCAAUCGGCCGUAUGUGGUUGUAUGUAUUUGACGACAGAAGGGAGAGAGAACGGAGCGGAGAGAGAGAGAGAGAGAGAGAGAGGGAGGUAGGGUAGAGUUCGUUGAGGGCUGCUCAGUGCGCACGGUUAUUUGACUUGAGAGAAAGAUUCGAAAGUCAUUUAAAAAAUAAUAAUACAACAAAGUCUGCAUUUGAACAACGGAUAUUAGAGAAGAAAAUAUAAUAAGGAAUUCCACAUGGCAAUCUUUCAACUACUCCGGUUUUCUACGAAUACCUACUAUCUCCUGUUGCUUGUCCUGUUGUGCACAGUACAUGUUCUUCAGGGGUUCAACCUGGAUGUGCGGUUCCCUGUUGUCAAGGAAGGAAAGACCCCGGGAAGUCUCUUUGGGUUCUCGGUGGCACUUCACAAACAGAUGGUGGGAGAGAAAAGAUACCUACUCCUUGUUGGAGCACCCAAGGAGAAGGCAGAGUCUGGCGUGAAGGCCAAUGAAACAGGAGAUGUGUAUACCUGCCCUGUAAACGUUGCCCAAUCCGAUUGCACCAGGAUGAACCUGAUUGGCUCAGACCCUGACCUCAUUGAGGGUGAGGACAGGGUGGAGGAUAUGUGGCUGGGGGUAACCGUGGCCAGCCAAAGACAGCCAGGGGGGCGAAUUCUGACCUGUGGCCAUCGCUUUGUGAAGUUACAUGGCGUAUUGAAGCUGCGUCAGAUGAUUGGGAAGUGUUAUAUCCGUGGUAACGACCUGAACUAUAACGAAACAGACAUGCACUGGCAGAACCCUGAUCAGGUGUGCAGCCACACUAAAGACAUCACAGGGGAAGUCAUGUGCAACAUGGGCAUCUCUGCUGCCAUCACUGACACAGAGGUCAUCGUGGGCGCCCCUGGCAGCUUUGAGUGGCAAGGCAAUGUUCAUGUCUCCUGGAUGAAUCCAAAUGUCAUCUAUGACACCAAGAGAAGCAGCUUCCCCAACUUUGGUAAUCGACGGCACAUUUACAUAGGCUACUCGGUGGCAGAGGGCCGAGGCCUCCUCAGCCAGAGCCAGGACACAGUGGUGACAGGGGCUCCUAAGGAUAACAAGGAUGACGCCAAAGGCUCGGUCAUUCUGACUGUGAAGAAGUCGUCGACGUCAGGGGACGGGGACCAGCUGAAACCCUACCUCACCCUGAGAGGCGAGCAGAUGGGCUCAUACUUUGGGAACUCCCUAGCCGUGGCAGACCUCAACAAUGAUGGUUGGAUGGAUCUGAUCGUCGGAGCCCCGUUCUAUUUUGAUCGGAAGAAGGAGCUUGGUGGAGCGGUGUACGUCUAUAUGAACGAGAACGGCUCCUUCCGGCAGAACUCCAGCAUCAUACUCCGAGGCCCUAGAGACUCUGCGUUUGGAAUGGCUGUGGCUGCCAUUGGAGAUGUCAACCAAGAUGGCUUUCAAGAUUUUGCGGUGGGCGCUCCGUUCCAUGGAACAGGCAGGGUGUUCAUCUGGACAGGCAGCGCUGAGGGCAUCUCUCUGGAGCCCAGUCAGGUGAUUGAGGGGGAGGAUAUAGCUGGAGGUGGGUUCAAGACAUUUGGCUACUCCAUCAACGGGGGGCUAGAUGUGGAUGAGAACCGCUACCCCGACAUGGUGGUCGGCUCACUGGACGACCGCGUAGCCUUACUGAGGGCCCGCCCAGUCAUUCACCUCAUUAAAACUCUUGAAGUGACGCCAGGGAUUGUGGACCCUAAAGACUGUGACAACUGUGUGGAGGUGGAGGUCUGUUUCAACUACACACUGAGCACUGGGGACAAGGACUUCAGGAAGAACGUCACUGUGAAGUACACUGUGGAAGCCGACCUAACAAGGCACAACCACCGGGUCCGUUUCCAAGACAAUGGCCUGGACAGCUACACUGGUUUCUUGUCAAUGCCAUCUGCCAAAUGCAAAACGCUGAGGCUCGGACUAGUGAGUCCCAUCCGAGACAAGGUGGAGCCCGUAGUCUUCUCCCUGAACGUAUCCCUCCAUGAGGGGCAUCCCAAAGCCCGGCAGUCCCUGCAGAACCUGGAUGCCUUCCCUGUGCUCAGUGAGGGAAAGGCCAGCCAUGUCAAAAAGGAGAUUCACUUCCAGAAAGCCUGUGGCCCGGACAAUACGUGCCAGAGUAACCUGCAGAUGAAGGCAGAGUUUGCCAAUGAAGAGCAGACACCUUUUCCCAGCCAUGAUGGUCACCAGAUCCUCCAGUACAGCGCCAGUGUCAAGAAGGUCAUGUUGGUCGUGGACGUGAACAACUUCCAGUCGCCAGGGAAACCGGCGGAGGACGCUCACAAUGCCAUGCUCAACGUCACCAUUCCCCCGUCGCUGAUCUACUCAGCCUUUCGCUCAAAGAGCAACAGCCCAGCCAUCAAGUGUUCGGCAGAGGAUAUGGUUGUACUGUGUGAGCUGGGGAACCCAUUCACCAGCAACCAGGUGGAUCAGAUCCAGAUCAUCUUUCAGACGUCUGAGAUCAGCCUGGACACCAGAGAGAUUCGCUCUACGUUGCAGCUUUCUACAUUGAGUAAACAGAGCAAUCUACAACCGCUGCCUCUUGUCAUGGCGGUGGAGUAUACACUGGAUGCGUCUUUUGCACUUGCCCAGUACACAGGUCACACUCACUUCAGUGGGGAGAUCAUGGGAGAAUCGGGCAUGAAGACUGCCAGCGACGUCGGAAGUCCUGUGGAGUUCACAUUUAAGGUGAAUGUUUUUGGGAAGCCACUGGUUAACCUUGGAAACCUGGAGGUGGAGUUUGAUUGGCCCUGGGAGGUAGCCAAUGGCAAGUGGCUGCUGUACCUGACGGAGAUCCAGACCAAAGGGACGUCAGACUCUCACUGUGUGCCUCCUGGAGCCAUCGUCAACCCACUCAAACUCAUGUUACCAGAGAGCAAAGCCAGGAGGAGAAGGAAGCGAGAGGAGGGCUCCACAGAGGAGGUGCACCCCAGAGAACUCCAGGCCUCCCUCAAUCUGAAGGGAAUUCGCAAAAAGUCCUUUAAACUGGACUGUGUCACGGGCACUGCUCACUGUGUGAAAUUCAUCUGCCCUCUCCGCAACAUGAACAACACUGCGACAAUCAUUGUCAAGGCCAGAGUGUGGAACAGCACCAUGAUGGAGGACUACAGGGAAGCGUGGCGGGUGACCGUGAAUGGCAAGGCCACACUGAAACUGGUCACAGACAAACCCACCAUCAGGAUGAACACUGAGAGCACAGAGUUCACCCUGAAUAUAGACCCAGAGCUGGGGGAGGAGGCUACGUACCAGGUCCCCCUGUGGAUCAUCAUCGUGUCUGCUGUCGCUGGCAUCCUCCUUCUGGCCUUCAUCAUCCUCCUUAUGUGGAAGUGUGGCUUCUUCAGGAGGGCCAGCACCAGGGAGAUGUACGAGGCCAAGGCCCAGAAAGCUGAGAUGAAGACCCAGCCGUCGGAGGUGGAGAGGCUGACUGAGGAGUAGUGAGGCCCCCCUGUGGGCCUCUGGAACAAUGCACUGGGUUUCCUCGUGUGGCUUUUUCAAGCGGUCCAACCACUUCAAAAUGAUGCCAAUACACCAGGGAGUGAAGAUUGGCAAAGAGGAGCGCUACCAGGUAAAUGAGGGAUUCCUCAUCGAGGAGCCAAAUCCCAAUAAAAGAAAGAAGCACUGGAUCACAAACUGGACUGAAAUGCAGCAUUACUACUGACUGAUACCUUCAACACUACCACUACUCUUAUUGAGAAGCUCCAUCUCAAUAUGCAUUGGCUGGGCGCUAUGUCUGGAUUUGUGGACAUUAUUGGGAACAGGACUGAUGGUGUUAUGACUGCCACAUUCCUUAUAGUGUACAAGAUUGAAUGCUCUGGACCGAAAUGUUAUUUUCAAGAAUUGUACUGUUAAUGUUAGUUGUUUUGAUGUCAACAAGAUUAUACACUGAGGGUACCAAACAUUAAGAACACCUUCCUAAUAUUAAGUUGCACCCCCCCUUCUGCCCUCAGAACAGCCUCAAUUUGUUGGGGCAUGGACUCUACAACGUGUCGAAAGUGGUGUUCCACAUGGAUGCUGGCCCAUGUUGACUCCAAUGCUUCCCACAGUUGUGUGAAGUUAGCUGGAUGUCCUUUGGGUGGUGGGCCAUUCUUGGUACACACGGGAAACUGUUGAGCGUGAAAAACCCAGCAGCGUUGCAGUUCUUGACACAAACCAGUGCGCCUGGCACCUACUACCAUACCCUGUUCAAAGGCACUGAAAUAUUAUGUCUUGCCCAUUCACACUCUGAAUGGCACACAUACACAAUCCAUGUCUCAAUUGUCUCAAGGCUUAAAAAUCCUUCUUUAACCUAUCUCCUCCCCUUCACCUACACUCAUUGAAGUGGAUUUAACAAGUGACAUCAAUAAGGGAUCAUAGCUUAAAAUUGUAUUCACCUGGUCAGUCUAUGUCAUGGAAAGAGCGGGUAUUCUUAAUGUUUUGUAUACUCAAAUGUGCUUUUUUUGUAUGUUGAUUGUAAAAGACUAAUAUGAAACAGUUUUAGAUUUGCUAAAAGCUCUUUAUUUUUUGUCUUACGAUUUGAUCUUUCCAAAUGGAACAGACUGAUAUUUGCACGUCCUGUCAUUUUGUACUGUGGUUUGAAUAGAAAUGCUUUCAAAACUAUUUGAAAACUAUGCUUUUAAACUAGUAUGUGAUUUGUUUACAUUAAUUUUCUGAUGUAUUACACUGUUGUUGAGUGAUGGAUGUAAAUGUGCCAAUAGAAAGUACAGUAUGUUUGAUCCCAGUGGCCUAAUUCUGAGGAAUGGAUCAGAGAUCGACUGAUGAAGUGGUUCACACAGUAGUGUUCCAAGGCACUUACUGCCACUCCUGAACCAAGAAGAAAGGAACAUGGAGAAGUUUCAAUCACAGAGAAUUGUGAGGUCGGGGUCAUUUCAAAACGUUCAAUGUACAUGUAUUGUAAACUACAGGUCUAAUGGUUUGGUCGUUGUCUGAUUGCUUUGUUUGUGUGUAUUCUGUAAAAUAAUAUGAUCAGUCUAGAAAAUAGGAGAGAGUUCUGAAAUUAUAGUUUUACUCUAACUAUCAAUGGCAUACACCAUAUUCAUUUGGGACUGGGAGCACUGUGCUUGGCUGUUAACUGUAUACAUGUCUUUGUUAGUAUGUGACAUAGUGAAAUUAGGUAUUCCCACAUGAAAAAAAUACUAUAGCAUAUGUACUAUGUUAUAAAUACUACGGUAUUCACUCAAGUGUUUGAGGACUUUACUGUAGUAUUCACUGUUGUGUUUACUGUAGUAUUUACAGUUAACUAUCAUAUAAAUAUUGUAGUAUAUAGCAUUUACUGUAGUGUUUUGCAGGCAUAACUGUAGUAUUUACUAUAGUGUUUUUGUUUUAUUCUCUUUUACAAUGAAGCAGAGGCUUUCUCCUUCAGGAAACCUCCUGGAGCACUACUACAUUUUCCAUAACCUAUUUGUAUCUGAAUGGAUAGUAACCUGUAGGGGCAAAAUAUAUGGUCUAUAUUUGGCAUUUAGGUUUCUCAUUUUUUCAGUGGCACAAAUUACGAUAUGGAGGAAGGGAAUAGAUAUUUGCAAAUGAAAUACUGUAGCAUUUACUGUAAUUCAAAAAGUGUAGUGUUUUUGCAUACAUUACUGUAGUAUUUUACAGUAUACUACAACAUUCUAUAGUAAGUUCUACACAUGAUCAAGGGAUACUACCGUGUGUAGUAUAGUAUACUACAGUUUGCUAUAAUUAUAGUGCAAGUACUGUAGUAUUAUUUAGUAAGUAUGUACUGUAGUAAUUUAUAGUAAAUUGUGAUGUUUUUUAAUGUGGGUUGAUUAAAAAAAAGUGAAGUGUGAGCAUACAAAGCUCCCUAAAGGACAGCUAUUAACAGCUGGUACGUGGUGUGGGAAUUGGGGGCCAAUUGCCUGAGUGCAGUUUAAUGCUAUUCUGUUGUCUCUGUUUGUAGUUAUUUGUAUAGCGUCUCUGAUGCUUUUUUCUAUGUGUAUACUCAACCAUUAUGGUUCUAUUCAUUAUUGUUUUUUUCUGGUGUCUAUUUCUGUACCUCAUUUAUAUUAAAGUAUUUUUACAUGCUG